AUGGUUAAUUAAUUAAAUUUAAAAACUAAGAAGAUAUUGCAAUGGUUUUAAAAAUAUAUAAGUCUUUAUUAGUCAAGAGGAGCACCAAAAAAUUAAGUACAUUAUGAUGGAGGUCAAAAAAACUCGAUCAGGACAUACAAUGACAAUUCAAACACCAGACAAGGAUUCUAAAUUGGAUGGGACAUCGAUCAAACCAGAAAGGGCGACUCCAAAAUUGCAGGAAAAGUCGGUCAAGAUCAAAGAAACUCGUAUAUCCCCUCUUAUCAAGCUCAAACAUACAUGCCAGUUGUUGAAUAAAAUCAAGACGAGGAUUACAUGAAGUAGUUAUACAUUCAAGAAAUGAACAAAAAACAAGAGUUGGCUGCAUUGUACAAGCAACCCGACUAAUAUUACCAGGAUGCUUUGGAUAAUUACAAUAAUGGAAUGCCAUAUUCAAAUAACAAUAACCCUAACAAUUAUGAACAACCUCAAAUGCUAAAAUAAUCCAACAAAUACGAUCAUUAUCAAUAACCAAAUGAUGAUGAGGAACUCUAUUCGAAAUAUAAACAAGGAAAUAGUGGUAGUAAAUAAUAGUACACUGGUAAACCACCAAUGGCCUAAUAUAAUCCCAUCACAGGUAUCGCUUAUGAAAAUGCUUAUGCUAAUCAACGAGCUCAUGAACCAUAGCAAUAAUAGCAGUAGUAGGAUGAUGCCCUUAGUUAAUUUAGUUAAUUGCAAUAACACAAAGUGACUUCGAUGAAGAACAAAACUUCAAAUAUCUUUAACACCGAUAUGCAGGAGACUGAGAACAUCAACAAUAAUAGACAAAAUAGCAGGCUCUUAAAUAAAAGAAAGGAGAUGGAUGAUACUCAAUACAAGGGAUAUGGUUAGUUUUACAAGAAUCCGAUUGAACCAGUCCAAACCCAAUAUAGAGAGCAGAAAUUUGUUAAUAGAAAUAUGAUUGACAAUGGCAUAUUUCCAAAAUGA